AUGACAGUAAUCAAAAAUGAGAAGAACGAAUUGAUCCCCACAAGAACAGUUACUGGCUGGAGGAUUUGUAUUUAUUACAGAAAACUCAACAAAGCAACCCGAAAAGACCACUUUCCCUUACCCUUCAUUGAUCAGAUGCUAGACUGGUUGACGGGGCAAGAAUAUUACUAUUUCUUAUAUGGCGAAUUUGGGUAUCAUCAAAUAGCCAUAGCACCUGAAGAUCUUUGGUUCCUCAUUCGAUCGUUGCCUAGAGAAUUUGGAAAAGGUGUUAAUCAGAUGCGAAAAGUCAAACUUAGUCCUAAACUGGGAGAAGUGUCACUUUAUGGUAACAGAAGGGAUAGUUUUGGGACACAAGAUCUCAAAAGCAGUUUCUGCCGAAGAUUUAUUACGGACUUCUCAAAGAUCUCUAAACCGUUGUCCAAUCUACUUGUUAAUGGCGUUCUUUUUGAGUUUGGAGAAGAAUGUUUGAAGGCAUUCCAAGUUCUUAAGGAGAAAUUAAUUUCAGCACUAAUAGUCACUUCACCAAAUUGGGAGUUGCCCUUCGAGUUGAUGUGUGAUGCAAGUGACUACGCAAUCGGAGCGGUCUUGGGUCAAAGGGUUGAUAGGGUGUUUCAUACAAUCUACUAUGCUAGCAGAACCCUGAAUGAUGCUCAACUCAAUUAUGUCACGAUGGAGAAAGAGAUGCUGGCAAUUGUGUUUGCUUGUGAUAAGUUCCGCCCCUAUCUAAUUGGAAAUAAGGUGAAAGUCCACACAGACCAUUCAACAAUUAAAUACCUUAUGACCAAGAAGGAUGCAAAGCCAAGAUUGAUUUGGUGGGUACUUCUACUCCAGGAGUUAGACAUAGAGAUAAAGGAUAAGAAGGGAGCUGAAAAUCUUGUAGCAGAUCCUCUGUCAAGACUAGAAUUAGAAGAGAGCCAGAAUACAAAAGAGGAAGAGCCAAUUCUCUACAAGCAUUGUGCUGAUCAAAUAAUUAGAAGAUGUGUGCCUGAAGAGGAGAUGUACUCUAUUCUCAAUCACUGCCAUGCUUUACCAUGUGGGGGACAUUUCACUAGCACAAGAACUACUACUAAGGUGUUACAAAGCGGAUUCUUUUGGCCUACGCUUUUCAAGGAUGCUAGUAGUUUUGUAAAGGCAUGUGAUCGUUGUUAG